GCCAAUCAAAAUCUUUCUCUCCCCACCCCCCUCUUGUCUUUAAAUCUGGACAUGCAUGAGCUCUCUUCUCCUAACUGAUCACAGAAAUUAAGAAACAUACUGAUGGAGAACUCUUAUGGGUCUUCAAGAAAAUCAAAGGAUGUUUCUCUCAAAGAGCUCAGCGAUAGGCUUGCUGAGUUUGCUCAAGUAAGAGGAUGGGAUCAAUAUCACAGUCCUAGAAAUCUCCUCUUAGCACUAGUGGGAGAGGUGGGAGAGCUGUCAGAGAUAUUCCAGUGGAAGGGAGAAGUUGCAAGGGGAUUACCCAACUGGAGUUCUGAUGAUAAGGAGCAUUUGGAAGAAGAGCUCUCUGAUGUUCUGCUCUAUCUUGUUCGUCUUGCUGAUGUUUGUGGCCUUGAUCUUGGCCAAGCUGCGUUGACUAAAAUAGUCAAGAAUGCAAGAAAAUACCCUAUUCUUAAUCAAACACAAACUUCCACUUUCAACUAGCAAUCCAGGAGCUUCUCAGCUCCCAUGCACCCGGCUUCUACAUCUCUUUGGUGUUUUUUAAGUUUCUCUUUUUCUUAAUGUAUUUGUCUAAUUUGUGAGAGGAAAAAAAAAAAAAAAAAGUGCUUACUGUUUUAUAUAUAUAUCCUUGUAUGAGAGCAUGCAUGUUAUAAAUUAGGAUCAUCGGAGUGAAUUUUUAUAUUCCUCCUUAAUUUCGUUGUCUAAAGUUUCUUUAAUUACAAUAAUUUUAUCUAGACGAUCUUGAUGAAUAUCUUAGUGUACUUGCUCCAGAAAAAAAUAAAAUAAAAUUUCAAAUUCUCCUUGUUCGGAUCCAUGAUGGUGCAGUCUGAGCUGGAGAUAAACACAAUACUUUAAUCCAA